AUGAUUGUUGCGUGGAUUAUCAACUCCAUUGAUUCAGAAAUUUCUGAUAGUAUCCUCUACAUGACUGAUGCUCAUGCAAUUUGGGAGGAAUUGCGAGAGCGUUUUUCACAAAGCAAUGCUCCUCAUAUUUUCCAGUUACAACGGGACAUCGUUUCUCUUACUCAAGACCAACUUUCAGUUGCUGCGUACUACACAAAGUUGAAGAAAUUGUGGGAUGAAUUAGCGCCUUACAGUGACUCCAUUUCCUGCACAUGUGGAGCGCAGAAUGAAAGGAACAAGUUGAUGCAGUUUCUUAUGGGCCUCAAUGAGUGCUAUGGUGCCAUUCGACGACAACUUCAUGGAUAUCCACCGGGGCAUCGUCUUCACAAAGUCAAGCCUCAAAAAGGAAGCAAGCCUUCUAAAAAGGAAGGCAGCUCUUUUUCUUCAGUGAAUCAAGUUUCCGAAUGUGCCACUUUGGAGGAGAUGAAGUCGGUGAUGUCCGGGUUAUCUAACAACCAAUUCCAGCAAAUCCUUCACAUAAUGAAUAAUAAAGGACGUGAUGCAUCCGUUCCUCCAAAAGCUAAUGUCGUUGCCAUGAAGGCAGGACUUGACGACGAAGACGGUGAUUGGUUUGGGUAA